UCGGCUAUUUCGGUGCUUUGCGUGCCUAGUUUGCGUGCAUUCAUUUAGUUUUCGAUUAAUUCUUUUCAACAAUAUUUUCGAUUUUUGAGAAAUACUUGUAAUAAUUUGUAAUUUAACUAUCUCAAUUGACAUACACUAUUUGUUUAUUUUAAUUUUAGUAAUAAAAACGAAAAGGGUCGUGUCUCUCAGUUAUGAUGUCUGAAUAUUAUGAUCAUUAUCAUCGGUGGGAGCCACUUGCUGAGUUCCAAUUUGCAAUACAUGAUGAUCCUGAAGAAUUGGAAAACAAUUAUCUGUACUGCCUCUGCAGUAGAGUAUUUCUAAAAGAUGGCAUAAAAACUUAUUAUGCUGAGAAAGAAGAUGCAAGUGAAAGUGAUGUUGAAGUGCUGCGAGACUCUCAAUCUCAGGAGUGGGAUGAACACUCACAUGUACAUUUCUCAUUGGAUACUUCAUAUAAGGUGAAGUGUGAGAAAGAUGAAGGAGCAAGUUGCUACUGUAGUGCAUCACAUACUGAUAAUUAUUGCUCCACCGAUGAACAUGAUCCAGCGCAAAUCCAUGGUGCCAUGUCCCAUGCUCUUCAACCCAGUGACAGUGGGGCAGACCUCACAUACCAAGAUUGUCACUCUGACUACACACAUGAUCAAUUGGAAAAAAUGGACCAAGAUUUCCAAACGCAAAGUAUAUCAGAAAUAAUAGAAAACUACUUAUCUGAAGACACAUGGGAGAAGUUUUGGGCUGUAAAUGGAGAAAGGAUUAUUUGGGCUUCAUGGAUUAAAAAGUACAGUGACUACAUCAAUCCUGCUUAUUUAGAUGAUAAUAAUGAACUGGUAAUGGAUGAUAAUAAUAUCCCAAAGGAACAUUCAGCAGACCAGAUAUUUUUUAAUAAAGACACACCUGUUUUAAAUACAAACGAGGAUGGUAUCAGAGAGAGAAAAUUCUCAUAUGAUUCUAAAGUUAACCCAUACAAGAAAAGUCGCCCAACUGCUGAUAAAGGUGUUAAAAAUUUUGAUUCAGAAAAUAAAGAAGAUACAUGGUUUCCAUUAGCCAGAAAAAGGUCUUGUUCUGAACAUGACAGAAUUUUAAGUCCCAGAACUAUAGGAGGCACAGAUUCAAUGACUAAUAUAACAAAAAUUACCAUUUCAAGUUAUGAUAUAACUUCAAGUCAUGUCACAUCUGAGUCAACACCAACUGAUGAUUAUAGUGUGUCAUCAUCUACCUCAGAUGACCAGUCAAAUGACCAAACUAGAAUUAUCAAUAUAAAUGAAAGCACAGAUUUAGUUCCAUCAGAGGAAUUAGAUACAGAGCAGUAUUGGCAGUUUUUAUGGAAAAAGCAUUUUGGUGAACAAUAUGCAUUGCAUUAUGCAAAUUAUAUUGAAUACCAUGAUGCAAAAGAUAAAGAUUUACCUGAAAUAAAUGUUGAAAUGAGUCCAGAAUUAGUUGAUAAUAUUGAUGAAAAACCAGUUGAUAUAGAGUGUGAGAAUAGUGAAGGGAACUCACAAGAGAUGCCCUCUGUAAUAGAAGUAUCAGAAGUAUUGACGCAAAUAGAUGAGAUAAAGUUGGAUGAUAAAGUUAAUAAACCAAAGAAAAGGAAUAAAAAAACAAGCAAUAGGUAUCUUGGAUCUGUUGGUGUUUUAUUGCAGAAUUUACUUAAAGAAGAACAAAAGAACAAUGAAGAGAAUGAAGUAUUUGAAGGUGCAGAAAAAGAUGGUGAUAAAGUGGAGACAGUAACAGUCGAUGUUGUAGAUGGGACUGUAAUUUCAAGAACAUCAGUGCAGCAGCCUGACAAUGUUACAAACUAUACAUUAUAUAAUUAUGAUGAUGGUGAUGACGACCCACCUGAAGAAAAGCCGGUCUCAUUAAAAAGAAGCCAUGAAAUGGAUGAAGAAGAGAUCGCAUCAGAGAAGGUCAAGUCUACAUUCGAAAUAAUGGGGUUCUCUACAAAUCAUGAUAAUGUACCUAAGGGUCAACUUGUGUAUAGGAAAAGGCUGGCGAGACUCCGUCCACCAAGACACAAAAGAUUCGGAGUGGGUAGAAAGACGUAUUACGACGACGAUGGUAAUGCAUACCAGCCACGAGACUCUUAUGAAGAACGUGAAAUCCAAACAGAUGAAGACAUGGAUAAAUCAGAUAGUGAUAAAAGGACUCAGAUGACAAAUGUAGAGUUAGAACAGGACACAGAUGUUGUGGAGAACAUUAAUAUAGACAAUGAUGAUAGAAAGGAUGUUGUUAUUGAGGCAGCAGAUGUAGAGCUACCACCAGAUUUGGAAACUUCAUUCAGUGAUGCACAAGAUAAUGAGGAACAAAAUAGUGAGAAUGCAAUGAUAGAAAAUACAGUACCAAACACAUCUGAUACAACGAAACGUAGGAGACGAAAUAAACGUCAUUCCCGACUGGAUGUCGCAGGUGUUGAUGUAUCAGAUAUGCCUGCUGAGCUGAAAGAUGAUCCGAAGAUGUUCAAGUACUGGAAGAAAAGGCAUUCAUUAUUUCACAGGUUCGAUGAGGGCAUCAAGUUGGACCGCGAGAGCUGGUUCAGCGUGACCCCGGAGCAGGUGGCCCGACAUAUAGCUUCCAAGUUUUCUUACGACGUCGUGCUGGAUGCCUUUUGCGGUGCUGGUGGCAAUACUAUACAAUUCGCUAACACUUGCAAAAAAGUAAUAGCAGUAGACAUUGAUCCAGCUAAGAUUGAAAUGGCAAAGCACAACGCGGAAGUGUAUGGCGUAGCCGAUCGCAUAGAGUUUAUUGUGGGGGACUUCUUCGAGUUGGCGCCGACAUUGCAGGCUGAUAUGGUGUUCCUCAGCCCGCCCUGGGGAGGACCCACCUAUUCCAAAAGUUCGUCUUACGAUUUAGAAACAAUGUUAGAGCCUAGACCUGCGUCCGAAUUGAUGACGGUAGCGCGAAAUAUAUCAUCCAAUAUAGCUUUAUAUGUGCCAAGAAACACCAAAUCUGACCAGUUACUGACGUUGGCAAAGACAAUCGGCGGUUCCUUGGAGCUGGAGCAGAGUUACCUGGACAAAAGAUUUGUUGCCAUUACAGCAUACUUUUAUAAUUAAAGUAAUAAUAUUAUUUCUUAGUUGCCAGUAAUUUUAAAGUCACAUUGUAUUCUCCUGUCUCUGGCAUGCCAUUAUUUAAAAAAAUAAGCUUGUGAUAAAAAAUAAUUCACUACUCAAUCCAAUGCCUAAGUUAUAUUUGCGGGAUAUAUUGAAUUUUAGCUCAUUAUUGUUAAUUUUAAGACUAAUACGUAAUUUGAAAGGAUGCCAAUAUUUAUACAUAAUCAUAUUUUGUCAUUUAAGGGAUUUGUCAAUUGAGUAAUUAAUAUUUCUCAAGAAUCUAUACAUGCAUUAUGCAGUUAUUGUUAAUCGAGUUUCGUCUCUUUGGAAUACUUGAUAAAUUUAUCUCUAUACACGUAUGUAUUGAGUAUCAUUCCAUAUUAUAGUAGAUUUUAACUGCCUUCUUACUUGUUGCUUUUACGCUUAAGCCUAUAAUUGUAUAUGUUUAACGUAACCACUAUUUUUUCUUGUCAAAGUAGGACGCCUAACUAAAUAAUAAUAUAUAGGUAAUUUUUUUUUUAAUAUCAUAUUGUUAUGUUCUUGUUUUCUUUUUAACUGCAAGUGGUCCACUCGUGUUGUAGUUUUUUUUUAUUUACAUAGACAACGACGUAUUUUUGGUAAAGCGGAACAUUUUGCUUUGUGUGUAGGCAGAACUGAUAGCCUGAUAAAGUGGCUAUUCGUGUCCUAGGCAGAACAGAUAUGCUUUAAAUGGCCACGUUAGGUAUGCGCUAAAUUAAUUUACACCAUACUAGGUCAAGCAAAUAGGUCGUUAACUGUAUUUUGUGAUUUUUUUUUACUGUCUGAUCUAGGUACAGCAAUAAAAAUAUAUUUUAAGAGGAACCGCUCAAUACAAUUAUUUUAAGAUACCUUUAUCUAGUACUGUAUAACUUGAUUAGUAUUAAAAUGAGUAUAGUGUUUCUUAAUAAAAAACAACAAUGUAUUUAAUUAGCGCUGAAUAUUUAAUCAGUGACUACUAGUUGAGCGGAGCGCGAAACGCAGAGUGAUCUUAGAGAUCCGAUUUGCACUCUUUGUAACGAUCCUCCGAAACGGCUUGACCGAUCAAGACCAAAAUUUCACCGAUGCUUUACCACACAAAAAAAUUACGCAUGGUCAAGGCCGAGGUUUUAAAAAUAAACUGCGCUCCCCUCAACAUGGUGUGUAAACAACACACCGGUAACAAACCUAGUCAUAUAGUGUUGCCAAGGGUUUGUUUAUGUAACGCAGUUGCAUUAAAUUCUCAUUUGAAACAGAUUGAAAUUUAAAGUUUUAUAUUUAUGUACGAACUGUUUCACAUCAGCGAGUUAAGCUGCUGUAAUUGUUAAAUGUUUUAUACGAAAUAACAGAAUUGAUAAUUUUUAUAUCUUUCAAGUGAGAAACGAUUACAACUGGGCCACAUUAAAUAAGUAAACCUCGGUAUUUAUCUUAAAUAGUGUGAUAAAAUAAAAUUGACUUUAGAAAAAUUAAACAAUAUUGGGCAGUACCCAAAUAUUUUAUAUCUCUGCGAUGUUGUAAGCCUAAGCUUGAUUAGAAAAUCAAUCUAUCUAUAUCAUGAUUUAUGCCACUGGAUUCCACUUUACACGCACAAUAUUGCAUUUGUGAUUAUUAUAAUAUACGUUAAUAUAUAAAUUUUUCAAACUUAUCUAUGUAUGAACCAUGAAACUGGUAUGAGAGGAAGAAUUAAAUUUAUAAUAUAACUGUUGACAAGUCCCGGCUUCGCAGAUGCGCUACAAAUCUUUGAAUUUCUCGGCUUGCUCUAUACUAUAACAUGCAUGUAUUAUAUAUAAACCUUCCUCUUGAAUCACUCUAUUGCUGACAAUUUAAUUAAAAUUCGUUGCGUAAUUUUAAAUAUAUAAGCGGCGGCGGGGACGAUUUUG